AUGGUGGGACCAAUCCCGGCAAAUGUAAACGGAUUAAAAGCACUGCCAGUGCUAGAAAGGUUUAUCAGCGACGAGGUAUUACCCCAAAGCCAGCGAAUGGACAGAUGUCUUGCGUUGAGGGGAAUUGGGGGGGAAACCAACAACCCAGCGACCGAACCUCACUUGUGUCGGCGGAAGGAGCACAGAACCAAUGGAGGUAAAUUACGGAAUGAAGCGAAGACAAAGAGGGGGAUUGAGAUCAUGGAAGUAAAGAAAGAGGAAUGGCAGGCGCAAUGGUACUGUCAGGUAAGAUACCUACUUACCGACUACAGCAUGAUUCGGUGGGAGACCCUGCACCUUUCCCGCAAGAACCCAAUCAGCACGGCUGAAUGCCCCACUCCGGGAUCCACCGGUUGGUCCAGAUCGAGUGAUGUGACUCUGAGUCUAUGGAGUCCUAGUACAGUAUGCGACUUACUGGAAAGGGAGAGGGAAAGGAAAAGUGGUGACGGAAGAGACAACAUCCACACCUCGGUAGUGCAUCCCUCGCUCUCCAGACUAACGGUCGAGCUAGAAUUAAGGGGAAUGGAACCCGAAGCAGGACGUGCUCCAUCCACGUACCUUAACUCAUCACCAGCCAAUUUCUCCCGAGUUACUCCAACAUUUGGGGAACGGGAUACCCAGCAGUGA